AUGGGCGGCUGCUUCUUCUUAGCUCGCUCUGAAGCGAGCCAAUCAAAGGGUGUACCUCUGACCCUGGACCGUCGGAAGCUGGAGAUCGUCCGCUGUGAGGGCUGUUGCCACGUCUGCUGGACGAGGGAGAGGUGCAGUGCACCGGGCCCGGCCUUGGCCACUGCCGCGGUGAGGGAGUACGGGAUGAUGGCCAGGCAGCGCGUGGAGGUGGAGGUGCUGCAGAAGCCGUUUAUCUGCCACAGGAGGACGAAGUGGGGGGACAUGAUGCUGGUUCAUUACGAGGGCUACUUGGAGAGGGAUGGCUCCAUGUUUCACUCCACUCACAAGCAUAACAAUGGUCAACCUAUGUGGUUUACACUUGGCAUAAGGGAAGCUAUCAAAGGCUGGGACAAAGGUUUGAAGGACAUGUGUGUGGGAGAGAAGCGGAAGCUAACUGUUCCACCAGCCCUUGCUUAUGGAAAAGAAGGGAAAGGAAAAAUUCCACCUGAGAGCACACUAAUUUUCAACAUUGACCUUCUAGAAAUUAGGAAUGGACCAAGAUCUCAUGAGUCAUUCCAAGAAAUGGAUCUUAACGAUGACUGGAAACUGUCCAAGCAAGAGGUGAAAAUUUACUUGAAGAAAGAAUUUGAAAGGCAUGGAGCAGUGGUAAAUGACACCCAGCACGAUGCUUUGGUUGAAGACAUAUUUGAUAAAGAAGAUGAAGACAGUGAUGGGUUUAUAUCUGCGAGGGAGUUUACAUACAAGCAUGAUGAGCUGUAGAAAAUGGUGGCAUAAUUUUUUUGACAGAAAUGGCAGUGAGUUAGACUGGUUCUCUUGUCUUAAUUCUGUGUUUUGGAGUUGACAGCUGCUGUUGGCAAAGAAACACUCUUUGUUUAUAUAAAGAAUUACUGUUCAUUAUG